UCCUUGUCGAUCGAGAACACACCCAAAUUUAUUGACUGGAAUCCGUUCCUCUUCGUCUACUUCGUAGCCAUGGCAACGAAGGUCUUGCCGCCUCACGACGUCCUCAUGGCCCAGCAGAUGCGGCACAUAGCAGCCUUCCUCCCCGCCCGGAAACCUAAAAGAAACCCUAACCCCAAGCCCUCGAGGAAGCGGCGGGAGGGCUCCUCCAAGCCGGCCAAGACCGGCGAAGGAAAACGCCUGGCCGAGGGACAGGUAACGAUCCUCCAGCGAGGAGAGCCGCUGGACGCGGCGGAGAUGGUCGGAGAUCAGAAGGCCGCAGAGGCGGCCACGGCGGUGUACGCCGGGUCGACCUUUUUGGUCUCGCCAUCGCCGAGCUCGCUACCGCUGCCGAACUUUUCGUUGAAGAAGGAGGUACCGAGGAUAGUAGACUGCGGGACCCAGCAUCUCAGGCGUUUACUUCGUCUGGAGUAGAAAAAGAAGAAAUAAAAAAUUCCGUUUUUUUUGGCUUCGGAUCGAAUCUCUGCGUUUGUAUUUUAGGAGAAACGGGAGAGACGAUCUGGGAUCUGAUGAUUGGAAUGGAGGGUCGGAUGAUGCCUCGAUAUUGAUGUCAUAUGCGAAGCUAUGGAUGAUGGUUCGGGGAGUUUCAGGUUAUGACUAAAGAUAUCAAAGUCUGAAGGCGAAGCAGGAAGUAGCCUAUCGAGUCUGCAUCAAUUUGAUUUAUUUUACCUGUUCAUACUGGUUUCUCUAGGGGAAAUUCGCUCAGCUGUUUCAAUUAAUUAUUGUCGAUCGGAUGGGUUUCACUUAAGGUCAACCGCUCUUUGAUUCUUUCUUUAGAUGAAAUCAGCAGCUUGGGAUGUCCGUCUCCAUCUUAAAAUGUGGUGGAUUUUAUUUUGCCACAGCAUAAAUCCUGAAGCACAUCCCGUUUGAUCAUAUGACUUCAUAAAUAUCGAUUAGAAGA